CUCUUUCUCCCCCUCCUCCUCUUCCUCCCUCUUCUUUCUCUUCCUCUUCCUCCUCCUGUUCCUUCCUUCUCCUCUUCUUCCUCCUCUUUCUCCCCGCUCCUCUUCUCCCCCUCCUUCUCCUCCCCAUCUCCUCCCAGGCAGGCUGGUUCCCCGUGGGAACCCCCCCACAAGCAGCAUGUUAUGUAACCUCAUUGUUCAGGCCGGUGUCUGUUGGGCAGUGACAAGGCUGCCCAGAAGUCUGUCGGCUGGCCAGUCUCUGAGGUCACCGACCAAAAGCCUGAGCUUUCUGGCUCCCGGCUGACUUGUUUUCCCUCAGGUGCUCAUCCUGGACCCUCUCUAGGACCAGAGAAAUAACCAAGUGCAGAGAAACAGACCAAGUGCUACCAGCCCCCCACCCCCAGCCCCGACUCCCCAGCCAGGAAUGCUGCGUUGGGCCUGAGCCAAGACAUUCCAGAGGCCAGAAAUCGGCUCAGGGUCCGAGGAGGCUUGUGGGAUUUCUCCUGGGGCUGGCCCAGCCGCCUCUGGCGUCCCGCUUUGUCAAGAGCAAUUAUCCUAAGUCCCUUCGCAGCCGGGAGAUGGGCUUAAAGGUUAGAGCAUCUCUGAAAGCUGUGUCUGGGCUGAGCCGAGGCUGAGCCCCAUUGGAGGCGGACCCGGGGAGAGGGAGAUGAGCGUGUGUUCAGUGGUCAGCUCAAUCCGAGGAAAAGUUCCUGCUGCUCGCCUGUGAAAGCCUGGCUGCGGGAGGUCAGGGCUAGCAGCCAGCCCGUGCCCCGGGACCGGGCUCUCCUGGCCGUGGAUGCAGCCUCCGCCUCGAAGGCUCCAGUGGACCCCAGCUGCCUCCAGCAAGAGGCCCCGUCUGGAGCCCCCUUCCUCCCACAGGAGCAGAAGGAGAAGCCUGGGGGGUACGCCGGUGCUCGUGUGGGCCAGCCCCCAUGCCAUGGGAGCAACUCAUGGGAAAAAGAAAGAAUAUUCUUCUCAGUCCAAGUUUCACAAUGAAAAUAGGAAACACAGUAUGAAUGGCUCAGCUUCAUUAUAUUCCGAAAUGCAGAGGGAUCGAACAGAAAGAGCUGGAGGAGUCACAGCCCAUCCGGACUACAAAGAUUGGAACACAGAACUUAUCAAACCCAAGAAGCUGACCAAUCCCGUCAAAGCCUCCAGAAGUCACCAGGAGCUACACAGGGAGCUCCUCAUGAACCACAGAAGAGGCCUGGGAGUGGACAGCAAGCCGGAGCUGCAGCGGGUCCUGGAGCACCGGAGGCGGAAUCAGCUGCUCAGGCUGAAGAAGGAGGAGGAAGAAGCCAAAAAACUCAAGUCGCCAUUUGAGCAGGAGCUCCUGAAGAGACAGCAACGACUGGAGGAGAUGGAAAAGGAAGCCCAAAGGGAAGAGGACCAGGCCCCCGAGUUUAUUAAAGUCAAAGAAAAUCUGCGGCACAUUGCCACAAUAGCGGGGGAGGAGCAAGUCUAGCAGGGGAGGACGGAGCCAGGGGGCCGCCACGUGGACUCCCGGAGCCUCAACCCCAGCAGCCGCCGCAGCCUCCUGUAUCCCGGCAUCCCUGUGCACCCCCUGGACGCUGGCAGCCAGACCUCUGGGACUCCUUCCCGACACUAGCACUCGCUCCCCAACACCUCGUGGGGUCCAGAACUGGGUUAUGGCAAGGGUCACGUGACAUGUAGCAGUCCCUAGUAGGAGUCUUCCCAUGAGGGCGGGCACGGCCCACUGCCAGGGCCUCUCCUCCCUGCGGGCACACUAACACCCAGAGCUCCGCUUUCUCGGUAGCAACCCCCAGGUGUACCCUGCCCACCACGGGAAUCCCGGCACGUUGAAGGAGAGGGAGGGCGCCCCACACGUGUUUUUGUCUUUAUUAUUACUGCCAUUAUUAGCCCGGAAGUCACAGAAUGGCAGCCUCACGUGGUCUGACCUCCACAGAUGAGCCCUGGCGUGGAUAAGUAGGACUUCCCGAUCAGAGCCCUGCCCAGCUGGCCAAAACUCAAACAGCUGCCAAAUGUUGGGAAGCCCGCGUCCCUUUCCCCCUCAGAUUUGCCAGUCACAGGGCUUGGGUCAUGAGCAUGGAGAGAGUAAUUCUUGGAGUCAGAACCAGCCCUGGCUGCCCUGGGGAUGGCGUCCUAGCAAGCCGUCAUUGCGGGGGUCACCAAGACACCCCCGCUCCAGGAGCAGCGGGCCCCUCCCGAUCCGGUGUUCGGACCUGGUUUCCUGGGCUCCUUCUUACUCCGUUUCCCUUUCUGCUUCCUGGGCUACCUGCACCCCUGUGAGUUCUGUGCCAUUUUGUGAUGCCUUGUAUGUUUGAGAAAACUGGAGAAUGUUUAACCCUUAGUCCCCUCAGCUGCUCAAACCAGACCCUUAGGUCAUCACUUUAAACAGAAUUUUGCUCAGAAAGGGACGGACUGGCGGAGCGGGCAGAGAGAAGCCACGCUUUGCUCCUUCCAGGCCCUGGCCAGCAUCAGCCCAGUCUGGCAGAGAGGUACAAGGCCAGGGUCUCUGCUCAGACCAGCCCUGCCCACCCCCCGGGUUAAGAGCUAAACCUCCAACAAGCUCCCUAAUCCAAACUAACUAUACAUCCGAGGCAGACCAAAGGAAACUCGGAGACCACAAACGGCUUAAAAUUAAAUCCCGAGAGGCUCUGUGGAGUCUAGAGAAAGCCAUUGGGAAGUACCAGCUGGUACCGGCUGCCUGGUCUGGCCCUCCAGGACUAGGAGCUUCAGGGAGGGGCGUACCUGCACUGGUUCGAAUCAGAGAUCUGGGCUAAACAAACAAAAAAAAAAAAAAAUCAAAGCAUCCAAUGAAUAAAUAAAACUGCUGCAGUAGAUCAAACAUCUUUAAGUUGUAUGAAAAUUCCAGCUGCUGGUAGAGGCUUUAUGGAUGAGAUCGGGCCGAAUGAAUGAAAUGCAGAACCUGGAACUCAGUCCUUUUCCAAACAAGGCCGGCUCCCUAUGGUCAGACCGUCCCGUCCCUCUCUCCCCGUCCCAGCCCCAAAUGGGAACCAUAUCAGCCUGCCGGGGAACAAGGGGCGGCUAACAAGAAUUCUUCAUGCUCCUUGUGUAGAUGUAUUUGUCAAAUAAUUCCCGGUGGGUGAAACCUUUAUGAAGGGAAAGAAAAAAUGGAAUGAGGGAAGGGAGAACGAGGAAGAUAGAGGAAGGAGGGAGCUAGAAAAAAUGAGUCCAAGGGCCUGGAGAGAGCUCUGCCAUGGCGGAUUUGUCCAUCUGACGACACGCUCAGAGAUGUUCUCCCAUGGAAAGCUUCAAACACCACGAGCCCCAGGACUGGAAAUCAAGAGACUUGGAUUCUGGACCCAGGUCUGCUACUAAACAGCAGUGUGAGCCAUUUAAUGUCUCUGGGCCACUGGUUGAACUAGGCCUGUUAGCUCUCGUCUGCAAAUAGCAGUGGCAGAGAGUCCAGCCCACGCUGGUCUAACUAAUUCUUAUGUGCUAACUCUCUGAACAGAAACUAUUUUUGCUAAAAAUCUCAAGUAGCGCCAUCCUGAGGUCAGGAGGGCCGCGGAUGGUCUCGGAUUCUCAUUCUGGAUAGAAAAGUGUCCAAACUGGAGUUUGCGUCCACUAGACACAGCUAGAGUUUGGACACUAGAAAAGUGUCCACACUAGAAAACGAAACAAACCUCAGGUCCUGUUCUUAAAUUCUGAUUUUUAACUAAUCAUUGGACCUUAGAAUUUGGGAGAUCAACAGGAGCUCAAUAAGUAUCCAGUCCAAUCCGUUCCCCAGAAGGUGUCCCCUGUCCAAAGUGAUGAGUGGUGAUGUAGCCUGUGCCGGAAAGCUGCCAGUGAGAGGGAAUCCCAUCACCUCCCGGGGUGGCCCAUCUCCCUCCGGGGCAGCUAGAAUUUGGCUAGACGACAUCGUGUCUCCUCAUAGUUCCUGGUUCGGCCCUUGGAGAUCAGGCGGAGCAAGUGAUUCCUCUCCGAGAUGAUGGCCCUUCAAAUAUCUGGAAGUAAGCAUCAUAUCUCACUCGGGCUUUCUCCUCUUCAACUAAUAAGGCAUGAAUUCAGCGCCAUCUUGGUCAGUCUCUUCUGCACGUUCUCCAGUUCAUUAACCCAUCUGAAAUGUGGCAUUUAGAGUUGAACACAGCUCUCCCAAAGCAGCCUGACCACGGGGUAGUGUAGGACGGGCAUCUCCCUAACUCCCAAAGUCUAUACCGCUCGAUGCAGUCCAAGGUCUCUUGGACAGACACUGCCUGUCACUCAAAUUGAGCUUGUCUUCCACACUAAUUUUUUUCCCUGAGUUAAUUGGGUUUAAAUGACUUGCCCAGGGUCACAAAGCUAGGAAGUGUUAAAUGUCUGAGGCUAGAUUUGAACUCAGGUCCUCCUGACUUCGGGCUGGUGUUCUAUCCACUGCACCAACUAGCUGCCCCACACUAAUUUUUUUAAGAAAGAAGGCCCAAUAAAUAAAACAAGUUUAUCACCUUCCCUCUUUAAAAUUACAUUUUCCAGGUUUUGAUAGAAGGCAUCAAAAGUAGAAUUAGAAAUGAAAAACCACUCUCCAGCCUCUACAACUUUAGCUAAAAAAAAAAAAAGUCCCUUGAUUCAUAUUUCUUUGUUGGCCAAGAAAGUCAAGCACAAGAAAGCAAUCAGAUGGGUUUUCGUUUCCCAGUUGACUAAUUCUAAAUGCUGGUUGAAUUAAGUCGAACUGAAUUGAUUUAUAUCACUCCCUGGAAUGCUGGAAGGGACUUUGGAAACGUUCCCCUUGUGAAAGAUACAGGAAAAACCAGAUUUAGGCAGGCUUGCUCAGAGUCACGUGGCUGGUACAUGGUCAAGUUGGGACUUGAACUCAGAUUUCUUCACCCCAAGAAUGAUGCCCUUUAUAUGAGCCCACACUGACUUUUUGAAAGACGUUCCUAUCCACAGCACCCGUGCUCUCUGGGAAAGGUGGGAUAGGCAAGUGUUAUCUGGACCAUGGAGUCUGUCUUCUAAAAGGGCAACUGGAUGUGACCCCAGUGAGACAAUGGUGAUGUUCUCCAGAUCUCACCUGGAAUGAUGUAGGGCUCUGAAAUAAAGCUAAUGAAUUCUCCAGUUUCCAAAGAAA